GCGGCAUGGCCGGGCGCGGGGCCGCAGCUCCCCCGCUGCUGAGCGCGGCGGCGGCGGGCUCGUUGGCGGUGUGCGCGGCGCAGCUGGGCCUGGCCUGGGCGCUGGGCCGGAGGCUGGGCGGGCGCUGUGCCGCGGCGGAUCGCUGGGUGCUGGGCUGGCUCUGCUACGACGUGCUGGUGCAUUGCACGCUGGAGGGCCCUUUUGUGUACCUGUCUUUAAUAGGAACAGUGGCAGAGUCAGACAACAUAUUUGCCUCUCUGUGGAAAGAAUAUGGAAGAGCAGAUGCAAGGUGGCUUUAUUCUGAUCCAACCAUUGUGUCUCUGGAAAUACUAACUGUUGUUUUGGAUGGCCUUCUAGCACUGAUUCUCAUUUAUGCUAUUAUCAAAGAUAAGUACUACAGGCAUUUCAUACAGAUUACAUUGUGUGUUUGUGAAUUAUAUGGUGGGUGGAUGACAUUCUGCCCAGACUGGCUCAUUGGAAGUCCUAACCUAAACACCAGUAACUGGCUUUAUCUGUGGGUCUACCUGGUAUUUUUUAAUGGCAUAUGGAUAGUGUUACCUGGACUUUUAUUGUGGCAGUCCUGGUUAGGACUUAAGCAAAUGCAUCAUGAAAAAUCAAAUACCAGAAAGAAGAUUAGAUAAGCCCACUUCGUUAACUGAGAGAUUGUAAAUUGUGAGUGUAAGCAGCAGCAUUGUUUUUGCAGAGAUGCAAUCAACUGUUCAUCUUUGUAGCUCACAUGUAAAUUUUGUUGUAGGACAUUGUAUUUCAGGCUGAUCCUUUCUUAAGAGGAGGAAAAUAAUGUACUUAAUCAAUGAAGUAUAUAAAAGUACUCAAACCAAUUGCCAUAUUACUACACUGCAUACAAUAAUAAACAAUAUAUUUAUAACAAAGUGGCAUGCAGAUAUUUUUCUUUUCUUCCCUCCUCAAAAGAAAAAUGUUCUUAUCCCACCGGAAUCCUUGAACCACCUGAAGCAAGCAAGCAAGCAAGCAGUGAAAUACUCAAGGUGGCUUUACAUCCUGAUUCCACAGCCCUGUUCACCCUUCAAUCUCUAAGUAUCAUCAAAGUCCAGAGUUUCAUUUAUAUCUGAAGCACAUUGUUUCUCAAACAUCAGGACUCUUAGCAACAAAUUUUGACUUACAUGGAAAAGUAUUAGUAAUGCAAUCUGUCUACUUAAGGUAUUAAAUUUGAAUGAGAACUUGCUGCUU